GAUAUGGCGGAAGCGGCAGGCAGGGAGGCGGGGCUUGAAGGCUGGCGGGCGCCAGGAGCUAGGAUGGCGGGCGUGGAGGUCCGGCUGCCGAGGCCUCGCAAGCGUCUGGCGCAGAGUCUGCCGCGGGUGGCCGGCGAGGGCGACCGGGACCUGGUAGCUCCGGGGGACACGAUCACCACCGAUCCCGGAUAUAUGAGGGGCCAUGGUACAUACAUGGGCAGUGAGAAGCUUGUGGCAUCCGUGGCUGGUGUGGUGGACAGGGUGAACAAGCUGGUCUGUGUGAAAGCUUUGAAAACAAGGUAUAAUGGUGAAGUUGGCGAUGUUGUGGUUGGACGAAUCACGGAGGUGCAGCAGAAACGUUGGAAAGUUGAAACGAAUUCCAAGCUGGAUUCAGUCUUGCUUCUGUCCUCUAUGAAUCUUCCCGGUGGGGAGCUGAGGCGAAGGUCGGCAGAGGACGAGCUCGCCAUGAGAGACUACUUGCAAGAAGGAGACCUCAUCAGCGCAGAAGUCCAGGCAGUUUUCUCGGAUGGGGCAGUAUCGCUGCAUACCCGUAGUCUGAAAUACGGGAAGCUCGGCCAGGGGGUGCUAGUCCAGGUUUCCCCGUCCCUUGUGAAACGGCAGAAGACUCACUUUCACGACUUGCCAUGCGGGGCCUCCAUCAUCCUCGGCAACAACGGGUUCAUCUGGAUCUAUCCGACUCCUGAACAGAAGGACGAAGAGGCCGGGGGCUUCAUCGCCAACCUGGAGCCAGUGCCGUUGCCUGACCGAGAAGUCAUCUCCCGCCUCCGCAACUGCAUCGUGGCUCUGGUUGCGGAAAAGCUGAUGCUCUACGACACCAGCAUCCUGUACUGCUACGAAGCAUCCCUGUCUCAUCAGAUCAAGGACCUUCUGAAGCCAGAGGUGAUGGAGGAGAUAGUGCUUCAGACGCGGCAACGGCUCCUGGAGCUAGAAGGGUGAUUGUGGAGGGAGAGGAGGGGAAUGGUCCAAUGGAUUCCCUGAGGCAGCACUGGCUCCCCACCUUCUCAAGACAUUCUGCAGUCUGGAAAAUCAACUGAGUGUUGCUCUUGUUUUCAGAGCACCACCUGCAUGUCUGUUCAGCGUGGGAUUUCUUGAGCACUGGUUAAAAACCCCACGCCACAAAGGAAUGCAAAAAGAAACUUGAAAGCAAAUGGAGCUGUUGGUUAAGAAUGUUAAGAUAUUGUAAGAACUGCCGCAGAAACAUUUUCUGCAGUAAGGUAAAUGCUCUCUGAAAGAUCCUACCUGGAUUGGAAGGGCUAUUCAGUGUAACUAGCAGCUGUUGUGCACGAUGCUGUAAGUGUCUUGGAGUUUCUUCUCGCACACUGCCUUCUUCCGGUAUUUGUGCAUGUCUUCACAUUUCAGUGAGCUGUCUUCCAAAUCCCAUCAUAAUGGAAGGGACUGGCGCAUGAGUGCGGUCACACAUAAAGGCACGCGUGCGUGCGAGAAGGCAGAUCAAGUUGGCGCUCAACACAUUUGCCGUCUACUGCUGUGCAGCAUGGUGCUGUCAUAUCAGCUUUGCCAGAUGGCAGGCAGACCCAGAGACCACAACCUUAUGUGGCCUGCGGAUCAUGCAGCCUCUGGUAAUCCUCUUGCCCUUGGCCAGAGCGCUCGCAACUCCGUCUUGCCCAGAGUAGCAAGUUUGCAGCACUCUUGUUUAUAGUCCGAAGUUGUUGUGACCACCCCAAGCAAUGACAAACAGCCCUGACGGCUAUUGCACGGUCCAUGAACUGUGCAGUCUCCAGGCAUGCCUGGGAUUUGCCAGUGGUGCUGUGCUCUGUGUGUGUCAGCCUCUGGUAGGUCAUCCUGAGGCCGCCAAGGGGUGGGUCGUGCUGAGCUGUCGUCACUGAGAGCACCUUUUGUGCAGCUUCAUAUUUUUGCAUAACCAGAAACGUCCACUAUUUUUGAUUAUCUUGCUUAUGCAUCUACAAGCUUCUGAACUUUGCAUUUGGGUGUUCUAGUUUUUUUGUACUGGAGAUCUGUAAAAUAACGCCGUUCAAUAAAUACUUUUUAAAGAAAAUAAAAA